AUGAAGAGAAUCGGCAAAAAUAAAAGAAGAAAAGAAAUAAUGAUCGACAAACUGCACGAAGAUUGCCUCAUAUCCAUAUUCCAGAAGUUGGACUUCAUUGAUCGCGUACGUCUUGAGGUCGUGUGUCACAAAUGGUUCGAAAUACUACAGAAGCAAGCAACUUAUGCGAACAUUAAAGAAUUGAAUAUGGCUGAUUUUUUAGUAAAUAAUUCCAGUGGAUACUUUCAGCAGGAAUUCAUCUCAUUCGCACCAACGGUUAUUGGAGUGGUAAAACGUUGCGGACGUUACGUUCGGAUGAUCAGUUUUGGUCAACGAUGGCUUAAAAUCUCACAGCCUAUUAUUGACGCUAUUGCCGAUUAUUGCACUCGUCUAACAGAACUUGAUCUUGGCUGCAUUAUUUUGGAUGCUGAUAUAUCCAUCUUACUGGAGAAGACUGGCGAGAAUCUGGAAAUAUUUUCAUUGGAAGAGACUAGCUGGGUGAAUAAAGAUGAUGGCGAUAAGGUUUUAAGUAUUACUUAUUGA